ACGUGACCAGCCUUCUGGCGCUGUUUGCUGUCCGCUUCCGGGAAGAGCCGGAUUCUGAAGGAACAGCGGGAGGGCGGGCAAGUAAGGUGCAGGCAGGCAGGCAGGCAGGCAGGCGACGGCAGAGGUAGUAGCGGUUCAGUGACAUGUCGUCCAACAACGUGGGUUACAACGAGCAGGCCGGGGAUGCUCCGCCCGAGGUGGGCCAAGAAGCGGCGCCCACCGCCCCUUCCUCUGCUCCGGCGGCCUUCGGGCUCUUCAGCAGCGACACCAAGAAAAAUGAAGAUCUGAAGCACAUGUUGGAAAGCAACAAAGAUUCUGCUAAGCUGGAUGCAAUGAAGAGGAUUGUUGGGAUGAUUGCCAAAGGGAAAAAUGCAUCUGAAUUGUUUCCUGCUGUAGUGAAGAAUGUAGCAAGUAAAAAUAUUGAGAUUAAAAAACUUGUGUAUGUUUACCUGAUGCGCUAUGCAGAAGAACAGCAGGACCUGGCACUGCUAUCAAUUAGCACCUUUCAACGUGCUCUUAAAGAUCCUAAUCAGUUAAUCCGUGCAAGUGCUUUGAGAGUUUUAUCCAGUAUCAGAGUGCCAAUUAUUGUUCCGAUUAUGAUGCUUGCGAUCAAAGAAGCAUCAGCUGAUUUAUCACCUUACGUUAGAAAAAAUGCCGCCCAUGCAAUCCAAAAGCUUUACAGCCUUGAUCCUGAGCAAAAAGAAUUAUUAAUUGAAGUAAUAGAGAAACUUCUGAAAGACAAGAGCACACUUGUAGCGGGGAGUGUUGUGAUGGCAUUUGAAGAAGUAUGUCCAGACAGAAUAGAUCUGAUUCACAAGAACUACCGAAAGCUCUGUAAUCUAUUGGUUGAUGUGGAAGAAUGGGGACAAGUUGUCAUUAUCCACAUGCUGACUCGGUAUGCACGUAUGCAGUUUGUGAGCCCCUGGAUAGAGGACAGAGGUCUGGAAGAGCAAAGUGAAAACACUUUCUAUGAAUCUGAUGAGGAGCAGCAAGAGAAAAACCAGAAAGUGAACAAACCCUAUUCCAUGGACCCAGACCACAGAUUACUGAUACGAAAUACAAAGCCUUUAUUACAAAGCCGGAAUGCUGCUGUGGUGAUGGCAAUUGCACAACUUUAUUGGCAUGUGGCACCUAAAUCUGAAGCUGGUAUUGUUGCUAAAUCAUUAGUACGUUUACUGCGCAGUAACAGGGAGGUACAGUACAUUGUUCUCCAGAAUAUAGCAACCAUGUCGAUCCAGCGCAAGGGCAUGUUUGAACCUUACUUGAAGAGUUUCUAUGUUAGGUCAACUGAUCCAACUAUGAUCAAGACAUUAAAGCUUGACAUCUUAACUAACUUAGCAAAUGAAGCCAACAUAUCAACUCUUCUCAGAGAAUUUCAGACCUAUGUGAAAAGCCAAGAUAAACAAUUCGCAGCAGCUACAAUUCAGGCAAUAGGCAGAUGUGCAACCAACAUCUCAGAAGUGACUGACACAUGCCUUAACGGCCUGGUGUGCUUGCUGUCCAACAGGGAUGAAAUAGUAGUUGCUGAAAGUGUAGUAGUCAUUAAGAAACUGCUCCAAACACAGCCAGCGCAUCACGGUGAAAUAAUUAAACGCAUGGCCAAGCUCUUGGACAGUAUUACUGUUCCUGUGGCAAGGGCCAGCAUUCUUUGGCUUACUGGAGAAUACUGUGAACGAGUUCCAAAAAUAGCCCCUGAUGUUCUAAGAAAAAUGGCCAAGAACUUCACUGCUGAAGAUGACCUUGUAAAACUGCAAAUUUUAAAUCUUGGAGCAAAAUUGUAUUUAACCAACUCAAAACAGACAAAAUUGCUUACCCAGUACAUAUUAAAUCUCGGCAAGUAUGAUCAAAGCUACGACAUCAGAGACCGUACAAGAUUUAUUAGACAGCUCAUUGUUCCAAACGAAAAGAGUGGAGCUUUAAGCAAAUAUGCCAAAAAAAUAUUUCUGGCACAGAAGCCUGCCCCACUGCUUGAGUCUCCUUUUAAAGAUAGGGAGCACUUCCAGCUUGGUACUUUGUCUCAUACCCUGAACAUGAAAGCCAAUGGCUAUCUGGAGUUGUCUAAUUGGCCAGAGAUUGCACCUGACCCUUCAGUGAGAAAUGUAGAAGUAAUUGAGUCGAAAAAAGAAUGGACUUCAAUAUUAGGGAAGACUGAGAAAGAGAAACCCACUGAACGGUUCUACUCAGAGGACGAGGACGACAACAAUGACGAAAGUGAUGAUUCUUCUAGCAGUAGUGACAGUGAAAGUGAAUCUGAUAGUGAAGAAGUUAAAAAGGAAGGACAAGAGGACAGCAGUGAGGAAAGUAGUGAGAGUUCUUCUGCUGAAGAUGAGAAUAAUAGAAAAUCAAAGGCCAAAAGGGGAGUCUCAAGAAAAGGGACUACAGCUUUACAGAGUAACUCUGAAGGGACAGAAGAAAACAAAGUGAAGUGUAAAAAACCACGAGGUUCUUCAGACUCAGAAUCUAGUUCAGCUGAGGAAAGCUCUUCCGACUCUAGCUCAGAAACUGACUCUGAAAGUAAUUUGGAAGCUAGAAAAACAUCACGUGCUGCUCUUUCUCCAAAGCAGAAAGAAGAGAAAACUUUGCAAGAGAAAAGCGCUCCUGCUAAACAAGAUGUGUCGCUCUUAGAUCUGGAUGACUUUAAUCCUACAACAGCUCCGAUAGCACUUCCCAAGCCAACUAUUCUCUCUCCAACUUUAGCUGCUGAUCUACAAGGUUUAAAUUUAUCAACUUCUUCUGUCAUUGAUGUCAGUUCUCCAGUCUUUGUGCCAAUGAGGACUCAUGAACUCCUUCACCGAAUGAGUGGGAAAGGAUUAGCAGCUCAUUAUCAGUUCUCAAGACAGCCAUGCAUUUAUAGUGAUCAAAUGGUUUCUGUCCAAGUGACACUAACUAACACCACUGACCAGAAGAUGGAGAAUAUCCACUUCAGUGAAAGGAAGCUGCCCACUGGCAUGAGAGUGCACAUGUUUAACCCAAUAGAAUCUCUUGAACCUGGGAAAAUGAUUACAGUCUCAAUGGGAAUUGACUUCUGUGAUUCUACUCAAGCUGCCAAUUUCCAGUUGUGUACAAAAGAUGAUCAAUUCAGUGUUAAUAUUCAACCCCCUGUUGGAGAGCUACUUUUACCAGUAACUAUGUCAGAAAAAGACUUCAAGAGAGAACGAGGUUCUUUUCCACCUCAGCAAUCGAGACAAUACAUUUGCUUACCAUGCUAAGUGUUCUUUUGCAUGUAAAUUAAUCUUGAUUCAGUUUACACUGUCAUGCUGAGUGGUACAAAUUGCCUAUAACAAUAAAACAGCAUGAGUUAAAAAUAAAGGGGUGGGGGGGAGGCAGAUUGAAUGUGUGCCUUACUUGAUAGGAUGUUACUUUGCUUUAUGCCAAUACAUUAGUCAACGAUAAUGAAUCUUCUGUUCUGAAAAGCAUGGUUUAGUUGAUUUUUUUAAUUUUACUUCAAUGGAGCAGUACCUUGUCUUUAUAGAACAAGUUAGACAAACCAUUAAUGACAAGAGUGUUAAGGUUAAAUAUGAAGCAAUGCAUUCACUUCUCUGAGUGCUAUCCAUCUUUCCAUUUACAGGAGCUUGACAAAAGUACUGGCUUUGUACAACAUUUCCUUUAAUUACAUGCUGCGGGGAAACAGGCUUUUAACAUAAACAUAGUUGCAUUCAUUUAUUCAACAUUUGCUCUUCAAUAGAGCUUAAUGGAGAAGGUUUAAAUCCUUAAUGAGUACACACAUCUCUCAGCAGUGUUAUGUCAGUCCUGUGCUCUGCUUAAAAGCAACCUUAGCCUGAUUAUGUACUUUUUUCAAAGCAUUUUCCUAAUGUAAAAUUUAAACCAUCUACAACAGAAUGUACUGUUCCCAGCUAAAGUUAGUAUUUUUAAAGCUAGGUAAUAAUCAUGGUUUCUUGAUUAAAACAUGCUCCUUAAAAAAAACAUCUUUAUAGUUUGUUUUCUUUAACAUCUGUGCUUCAAACAUUUACCUUGAAAUUAUGCUAAAACAGGUUAAACACCAUAACAAUCUUAUAGAGAUGUAUGUUCUGCAUCUAAUGCUAGAUAUUACUAUUUAUUGCCUGUCUGCUUAGGGCACAUCUGAAUGGCCUUUGGAGUGGGGAUUGGAUGUACUUAUUCAAUACAUCAGAUCCCAGUAGGCAAAGGGCAUAUGUGUGUCAGUUCCUUGCCUGUCUGCACAGCAAGGUCCUAUGGCAUAUUAUCUUAUUGUGGCAAGAGCUUUCAUACUUUAUCAGAUGCAUAUUGAGGUAUGUGUGUUGACCCUGGUAAUGCCUUUGUCUUGUCUCCUACAUUUGUUUUCAGUGUUCCUCUCCUUAAAUGUAUAGUUAUUGGUUUGACAUUUUGUGUAAAUGCCCAGAAUAAUGUGUUAAAUCUAUCAAGUUUGAAAGUGCUAAAUGUGGAUCAAACUUUGGGGGAGAUUGGUAGCUAUUAGAUGCCUUGAGAAUAAUAAUUCUCAAUAGCUAGUGUUCGGGAAGGAAAUUUACUCAAGGAUUGCUAAAACGCUAAGAUUUGGAUG